AUGCUGCCCCAUCUUGUCAAAACGCCAGAUUGUAGCACACUCAACAGUCUUACGCCAAGUGAACCUCGAGAUGUGGCGCAUAAUUGGGAUGACGAGCUGGGAUUCCGUGAAUGGAUCGGAGAAUCAUCUAACCGAAGCCGGACCAAUAACCUCGACGAACUUCGUCUUUGGGGCGACGAAGUGGAGUAG